CUCGCAGCUUUGUGCCGUCACUGCAGAGGUUCCCUGAAAGCAUCGUGGGUGCGAACCAGGAGCCGCGUGUCGCUCCGCCUUCUCCUCCCUUUAAUUUAUGAACUCUGGAGUCGCAGCAGGUGGAUCAUCCAGGUGGAGCGUCCAGGUGGAGCAUCCAGGUGGAGCGUCCAGGUGGAGCGUCCAGGUGGAUCGUCCAGGUGGAGUGUCCAGGUGGAGCAUCCAGGUGGAGCGUCCAGGUGGAGCAUCCAGGUGGAUCAUCCAGGUGGAGCGUCCAGGUGGAGCGUCCAGGUGGAUCAUCCAGGUGGAGCGUCCAGGUGGAUCAUCCAGGUGGAGCGUCCAGGUGGAUCAUCCAGGUGGAGCGUCCAGGUGGAUCAUCCAGGUGGAGCGUCCAGGUGGAGCGUCCAGGUGUUACUGGUGACGCGGCCUUCCUUGUUUAAGCCACACCGACCGCCUUCAGACGUGUUUCUAUUGUUUGUGUCUUCCAUUGUUCUUUGAACCACUAAGUUUCAGGUCUCAGCCUCUGAAGCUGGAGCCUGAAGCCAAAAUACAACUUCUGUACGAAUAUAAUGAAGGAAAAUGAAAUGUAAACGAACAACAACACUGUUGUGUUCUCUUUGAGAGAAAAGAAAAAGUCCAUUAAAUUGACAUUUUUCCAGUGA